AUGAAACUAGCAGAUGUAAAACUUCGCAACCCAUUACUUCCAGACGGCGAGUUUGCGUUGGUCUCUGGCGACUUCGUUGACGAGCGGUCGGGCAAGCUGAAAACAACGGUGGACUUGACGACAGUACUCAGUUCGGCUCAGAAUCCGUCCGAUAGUCUAGGACUAGACGGUUUUCAGGUGAGCUACAAGAAGACCGUGACGAUCACGGAAGCAGCACCGGCAAAGCCCGCUGAAGUGAAGCUCGCAGCCGCGCCGGGGCCGUCCGAUGAUUUGAUGGACCUUUUGGAUGCUCCCUCGCCCGCGUCCGCACCUAUCGAUUUCGGCGACGACUUAUUGGGCGUUGGAACUUCCGCGAGCAGUAGCUCAACAAAACCGGAUGGCGCAGAGCACACGAUGACAACGCGCACUGAGGAGCAAACCGUCGUUCUGGCUGACAAUCUUCGAUUGCCCCUGCCCGCGACGGUAAUACUGGAAGCAAAGCGGUGGCAGGAAGAUGCGAUCGCGAGUUACAUCGGUGCGAACGCGAAAACGCACCUGACGACGCAGGCAGGCGAAGUUUGUCAGUUCCCGAUUCGGGACGGGCCGCAGGCGGAAGCAAUGCUGCCGAAACUUGUGGGCAAGGCCGCCGCGUGCUGCAACUUCCACGGUCUGCAGCAAGGCGCCGGAGCAGCGGCCGGUGCGGGUCCGAAGAAAUUCCUGCUCGUCAGUCAGGCUUCGGCGCACCAGGGGGCCGACGACGGUCCGCACUUGGUGGCGCUUUGCGCCGGCGCGGUAAAGGAUGUCGGGGAGCUCACAGUACGUGUGACCGUCAAGGGAAGCGAGCAAAGUGAAGUGGAGUCCGUAAAAGAGCAGCUGGUGCUUGCGCUCAAGGACUCAGUGGCUCUAGCUAACCUUGCUCCAGGCUGAGUCAUCCUUCUAUCGACGAGGUACCUGUGCUUCACCUCCUCGAGGUGCAGCGCGCCAGGCGGAUAUAUUCGAGUGGUUGGUCCGGAUUCUCGUACUACGCCAGAAAAGAAAAAAUACAGGAAGUCUGAGUUUGAAGUCAUAUAGAUGCUAUCACUUUCCAAGAAAAUAAUUCUGUCACCAUGCAUAAUCAUGGUCAUGCUUUCGUCAUAUACUGGAGGCUCCCAGCGCUGAAAAAACCUCUGCUUCGUUAAGCCAAAGAUGCAACUGCGAAGGACAUGAUGACACAUAUCUACGACGCGGAAGACUGG